AUGUCAGAAGUGUCCUCCGCUGUCAGUGUCUCUGAAGCCUGCAAUGGAGCCCCGGAGUCUGGGCCCGGUCUGCAGCAUUUUAGUAGUGUGAAAAGCAGUGUGUUACAGGCUUGCUUGUUCCUCUUCCGGUCACUCUUUUGUUGCCAGUGGUGUGCUGUAAAACACAGCAUAUCUUCUUGGAAUUGCUUCAUAUACAAAUGUAGUGAAGAGUUUUCCUUUCUCUUCUAGGACAAUGGCUUUGUGCACAUUCAUACCCCAAUAAUCACAUCUAAUGACUGUGAGGGGGCUGGAGAGCUUUUCCAAGUGGAGCCUUCAAGCAAAAUGAAGGUGCCUGAGGAGAAUUUCUUCAAUGUUCCUGCUUUCUUAACUGUCUCAGGACAACUUCACCUCGAAGUGAUGUCAGGAGCUUUUACCCAAGUAUUUACCUUUGGCCCAACGUUCCGAGCUGAGAAUUCUCAGAGCCGGAGACACUUGGCUGAAUUUUAUAUGGUUGAAGCAGAGAUUUCUUUUGUUGAAAGCCUUCAGGAUCUCAUGCAGGUCAUGGAGGAACUCUUCAAGGCUGCCACUGAGAUGGUUCUCUCAAAUUGUCCUGAAGAUGUUGAACUGUGCCACAAAUUCAUAGCUCCUGGCCAGAAGGACAGACUAGAACAUAUGCUAAAAAACAACUUCCUAAUCAUGUCUUAUACAGAGGCGGUUGAGAUCUUAAAGCAAGCAUCCCAGAAUUUCACCUUUACCCCCAAGUGGGGUGUUGAUCUGCAAACUGAACAUGAGAAGUACCUGGUGAAACACUGUGGCGACAUACCAGUCUUUGUCAUCAACUAUCCGUUAGCUCUCAAGCCUUUCUACAUGCGGGAUAAUGAAGAUGGUCCUCAGCACACAGUUGCUGCUGUUGAUCUUCUGGUUCCUGGAGUCGGGGAGCUCUUUGGAGGAAGCCUCAGGGAGGAACGGUACCACAUCCUAGAGCAGCGACUGGCCAGAUCUGGACUUACGAAAGCCUACCAGUGGUACCUGGACCUUCGUCAGUUUGGAUCUGUGCCACAUGGAGGCUUUGGGAUGGGAUUCGAACGCUACUUACAGUGCAUCCUAGGAGUUGACAAUAUCAAAGAUGUUAUCCCUUUUCCAAGAUUUACUCAUUCGUGUCUUUUGUAGCUGAAAGACUGUUUAAGGAAAGAACUAUAUGGAGAAGACUCUGCACAUGAAUGUACACGUAGAAGACUGGUGCUUGCAUUUUAGACAUGUGGAUUUCAGUGCACAGUUCUUGUGCUGUGAGGUUUAAUAUACGAAAAAUAGAAAUGGUCUUGAUUUUCUUAAAAAGUCAAAGGCUUUUCAUGGACAAAUAAACUCCCCCAAGAAGAAAUACUCAGAGCAACUGGACUUUCAAGUCUGUGACCUCAGUUAAGGGGGAAUAAAACAGAGUAGGUGGGCCUCUUGUCCAGCUGCAGAAGAAGCUGGCCCAGGGGAAUAUCUUGAGCCUGGGUAGCAUAUCAAAGAAGAAAAGAGGAAGACAUUGAAGUGUAGGGCCUCCAAGUUCCUCUCGGACUCCAAGACGGUGGGAAUGUCUCACCUUGCUGUCUUUCAUCAGAAGCUCACUUCCCUUUGUAUUUCCUUAAAGCAACCAGUGGCCAAAAGUAAGAUGAUGCUGCCUCUCUCCUCCCUUGCCAUUUAAGCUGCAGUAAAUACCAAUCUUGUUCCCAGUGCUUUACUCAACUUUAUUCAAGAAAAUAUUCCUUUUCAGGGUCUGAAUGGAUUAAUGAAGUUGCUGUUCUGAAUUGUAACAUUCUUCAUUAGGUAGUGGAAAAAAAUCACAUUUAAUAACUGUUGAUCUUUAGUGAUAAAAGUUAAGGAGAGAUCAUUAAUCAUUUAAACUCUUCAGUCCACUCUUCUAGCUCAUUUAUAUUAUAUAUUUAUAAAUACUGUAAUAGUCAAUAAAAGUGGUGUUUUUUUUUCAUUGAUA